UUUUAUCUUAAUAUAAUCUGAUAAAUGUGAAUAAGCGAUAGAAAACUACAAAUUAGGCCUUUCUUUGUGAAAAUUCUCGUGACAACAGGAUGGAUAGUAUUAAAAACUGCUUGCUUCUGUUUAUGAUAAUUGCACCAGAUGUAUAUUCACUCACAAUCAGUGUUUACCAGACUGCGGACAAAGCAAUUUUGGGUGACAACCCGUUUACACUGUCAUGUACGUACACAAUAGGUCCGCUGGAACUGUUGUAUACUAUUGAGCUGAAGAGGAAGCGGGAGUCAGAUUCAGAUUUUACAAGAAUAGUAACUUUCCAGAACCCUUUCAGUCCUCUUAAUGCAAGUUAUACAGACACUUCACUGGAAUCGAGGACAGUAGCAACAAAACCAACGGUUGAAAGUAAAACAGCAACACUGGUGUUCAACAGAAUAGAGUGUGAUGAUAAAGCUACAUAUAAAUGGAAUGCGUUUUACUCUGAUGGAACAAAUAGGAAUGUUGAGAAAACGUCUGCUUUUACUGUGAAAGCAAAAACAUUGUUUGGACAACAGGACCAUCGUUCUCUUUCCUACAUACCAAGUACUAACCUAGAGGAGGGUUAUACUGUUCUAUUCACCUGCUCUGGGGAUGUUGGUAACGAGCCUGUUGGUCACCUAGGCUGGUUCUACUAUCUGUACAAUAAUACAUCAAAUGCUAUUAACGCAUCAAGUAAAGCUACAUCAACAGCUCCAGUAUACCAGUCAAGCACCUGUAGUUAUACCCGCACAACUACUCUACAACUAAUAAUGACAAGGAAUUUAAACAAUCUUAUAGUGAGAUGUACAGUGCAACAGGAUAAGUACGAUCAGCUUGGAGAUGGCCACGUACAGACAGAAAAUAUUCCAGUGUUUUUUAGUAAAGUAUGA